AUGGCAGCUGCAAUCGAAGCAAGGUCUUUGGGUCUUCUUACCACACUUGCCUCUGACCCUCCGCUGUACCCGAGAAACCCAACCCAGCUCCCACAUGCGCCAUUGACUCUUUAUAUUGUCAGAGUCCCGGGCAGUAAGGAUGUUUUCUUGACUCCUCUCAAGCCACGAGAAAAGGUAGUCAGUGCCGAGGACGUACAAAGCUCUCUGUACUUUUUACACAUCGAUAUUCCGGAAGACGACCUCGUGGAACUGCCAGAGGAGAUUCCUGUCCAGGAUGUUCCUGGUCUUUCGACCAUCAGCAGAAAACCACUACCGACGCCCCCAACCUCUCCAGGCAGCGAAUCUCCACGACAGAGAAGUACAGCAUUCGAUACUAAACAGCAACUUGGAGUCCCUCAGCGAAAGCCAGUUCGCCAAAGUCUGGAUCUCCCAGACAUCCCGGCGCGACCAUCUCUCAAAAGUCUACCCAGUCAAAGUAGCCAAUUUACAAUACAUGAACGUUCUGAUGGCAGACCAUCCUUCUCCAGGCGGCCGCUCAGCAAUCAGUUCUUGGACCCUAAUGUUGUUUCAGGUCGGCCUUCAUUGGACACUCGAGCCUCUUAUGCUACGGGAGGUGCUAGUCGAUCCUCCUACGAGGGACAUUUUACACCCGAAGAGGAUGAACGAUGCGUAUCCCUAACAUUGAUUCGUCGAGAUCCAUCAUCCGGUUUCCAAUGGAACGUGGCAAAGAUUCGUGACCCACCUGUCCACGAGGUUUCUUCUGUUCUAGGUGGCGAUGGCUCGGUCAAGACGAAAAAGGCAGGAGCCCCUCUGUUCCUCGAGAUUUUCAAUCCUGGAUACUCCAAAUUCCUUCAAUUCGAUCAUGCAAGACCUGUCUCCAGAGGCAGUACUGACAUGACCACGUUCCCAUCACAUUCGGCUUCGGCUUCAGAUCACGAUAGCACAUUCCGUCGGAGGCUAUACAUGGAUGGAUCAAGAUUUGGCGAUCACUCAUACGGACACCGUAAGACACCAUCGUGGACAGGCGAGCAACAAAGUCAACGUCCUUCUGUGCAGCUCAAUCGACAAAGCUUGCAGGCUGCACCCAAAGCUUUGAUCGAUCGAAGGAGCAAAGGCUACACGUUCCGAAGUCCUUGGGGCGGAAAGUGCGAGUUUGCCACUGGUGCAGCUGGCAGGUCCCUGAAGUGCAAGCACGUUUUAGAGAAUCCGUCAAGUGCUGUGACCGAAGUCAGCGAACUGCGAUUCAACCUUCCGACGGGUAAUUCUAAGGGUGGGGUGUCCGCUGAUUCUGGACUAAAACGAUCCUCUAUAACAUCAAGGCCAGGCAUACAUAGACACACGACGUCUGAUGAGCUUACUGAUGGCCCUAUCAUCCCUGGUAUGGCAAAGUUCCUCGACGAACACGGUAAUAUUGAUCUCUCUCUUGGACAGGAACGUGCUGGAGGAGGUUUUGGUGGCAAGCAGGCCAAGCUUGGGAAGCUAAUAAUCGAGGACGAAGGUGUCAAGAUGUUGGAUUUGAUAGUAGCAGCCAAUAUGGCUCUCUGGUGGAGGGCGUACGAAAGGAAACACUGA